AUGCCCACGCGCGGCCCUCUUGCAAUUCCACUCAACAGCCAAAAACCCGACGGAAAGCUCCUCGAGGACUUCAAGGCCACGUUCCCCCAUCUGCAGCAGCGUUCGCACUCGAUUGCUGGGCCGCCCGGCCACACGCUCGCAGAUGCGCUUGAUGUCGCGCACCCCUCCCGCCACCUCGACCAUGAGGACAUCAAGGACCAGGACCCGACUCCGCGCGGGAACAAUGAGCCGUGGAGGUUCACUCCGUCACUGCUCGACCCCAACAGCUUCGCAUUCACCUCUUUCGCAAACCAACCGCCGGGCUACUACACCCCGACGCCCGGCGGCACCAACACGCUCUACCACAGCCAGGCCGGCGACCUCCACACGCCCGGCUUCAGCUUUGGCCUAGGAACUCCCCUCUCGCUUCCCACUUCAGAAGGCGCACUGCACGCUGGCCAGGUCGCGCCUGCCAACCAUCUCCAUGGCUUCAAUCCCCACGCCCUGGGGUCGCAUCACUUCCAGAAUGUCAAUCCCUUUGGCAUGCAGCCGCAGCAUUCCCAAUCAUUUGCACCGCACCAGUUCACGCACCAGCCUUCUGCAUUCGACCAGGGCAACAUGACGCAAACCCACCAGGACUCGUCCAUGGACAACAUGGUCCCCGAAGUCGAGAUGCAAGAGCAGUCGCCUCUGAUCGGUUACGCACCCCAUUCCUACGACGGCAUGGCGGCUGCAGUCGCACCAGCACCCCCUCCACCCAAUCAAAACUUCCGCUACCAUGUUACUCUGAAUGCUCCAACGGCCAUGAUCAAGCAAUCAGACGAAGUCCCUGUGACCUACUUGAACAAGGGACAGGCCUAUUCCAUCUCCCUGGUGGACACGGCGCCUACGCAAGCACCGUCUCCAUCGACCAAGUACAGGACUUUCAUCCGCAUUUCGUUCGAAGACGAACAGCAGCGCCAGAGACCGGCAUCCUGCUGGCAACUGUGGAAGGAGGGCCGCGGAACCAACGAGGCCCACCAGCGUGGUGGGCGGCUUCAAGCAGUUGAGUUUGUGGAUCCCAGCCAAGUCAGCGGCGGCGAGAUCCAAGGACGACCCAGGGUUGAACUCGAGUCUUCCUCGUUCGAUGGCUUCGUGGUCACCUGGACACCAACCCACAACUCCUCACCCGAGUGCUCCUUAGCCGUGCGUUUCAACUUUCUCUCCACCGAUUUCAGCCAUUCCAAGGGCGUCAAAGGCAUUCCCGUCCGGCUAUGCGCGAAGACUGAAAUGGUCACCGAAGCCACUGGAUCGUCGCCCCAAAAGCCAGAUGGUGAGCUCUGCUACUGCAAAGUCAAGCUCUUCCGCGACCACGGUGCCGAAAGGAAGCUCUCCAACGAUGUUGCCCACGUCAAGAAGACCAUCGACAAGCUAAAGCAGCAGAUCGCACAGGUUGAGUCUGGCAUGAAGGACUUUGGCAAGCGGAAACGCAGUGGAUCAAUCUCCAAGGGCAGUAUGAGCCAACGACCUGGGAAGGUACCGAAACACAAGAGGACCUGGUCCAUGUCUUCGACAAGCGACAAUCAAGGAGGCCGCGCACCCGCCGAAGAAGACCUUCACAUUAAGCUCGCCUCGCUCCAAGACAUGUUCAGCUCUACCAGGCCUGUCAGUGUCCUGUACCUAAAGGGCGAGGACCAGGACGAUCCAGACCUUCACCCAGUGAUCCUCGGCGCUACUCCUCAAGAACUCUCUAAGCUCGACACCAACGUAGACGCGCCUAUGUGGGAAGCUCCCGAGUCGCAGACAGCAGCUUCGUCUGUUGUGUCGCCAACCCCCAGCUCUCAGUCUCUUCAUUCCGAGAAGCGCCGGACUACCUCCUUCCAGCGUCCGGCGCCCUACCAGCCACCAUCGCGUAUGUCAUCCAAUGAAUGGCGCAGCAUGCCACAGACGGCCACAGGUGAUCUCAAAGGGAUGCAUGGCAUCCAAGGCGGCGCAGACGUUCCAACCAAGGUUCAACGGCCAUAUUCUGAUGACCACGCACUGUCUGGAUGGAUUGAAGCCCUUGGGGUUGAUCAAACCUACCAACCGCCUCCAGAGCCGAUGCUGAAGCCCGUCGCCUGCUUCUUCGUUCAACCGCGCCUCGCUGGUCGGCAACCCGACGACAACUACUUCCGCGCAGUCUACCUGAUGGAGCGUACUGUAAAGGAGCUCGUUGCAAGCAUCGCAAUGAAGAUCAAGAUCGAGCCAACCAAGGUCACACGGACUAUCCGCGUCAACCAGAAGGGUCUGCAAAUUUUGAUGGACGACGAUGCCGUCAACAGAAUACCCGAGCAACAGGAUAUGACUGCCGAGUUCCACGAGAUUGGUACGCCGCCGGUGCAUGCCAUGAAACGCGAAUGGGACGCGGGUCCUACCGACAUUCAAGUUGAUGGCGACAUCAGCGUCACGGAAAAUGUUCAUUCGACCGGUUACGAACUUCGCCUUCUCUUUUAG